GAAGUGGAAAUAUCAGCUGAUUGUGUUUUUAAUGGAACUCGCCACUGUUGCUGGGUUGUGUUUACCGUCUUUAUUUUUACAACACGACCAGCGUAUAAACAAACAAGGACAUCCGUGGGAACUGACCACAGCAGACUAUUGUAACCUCUGAAACAGUAAACGUUUAUUUAUACAGGUUCCUCCGUAAUUAAAUAUAAGUUGGCCAGCUAGCUAACUCACGAACGUCAGAGAACGUCGGAAAAAGAAAGAAAAAACAGCAGGACCGUCAGCAGAAAAAAAAGACUGAAAAAGAUAAAACAGCCGUGUUUCCACAGUGCCAGUGGAAGGAAAUUUUGGCAAUUCUUGAAGAAGAGCAGCGACUAAAAUGACGAUAAUUUAGUGAAGUUAAUGUUAAAACGGGUGUACUAAACUAACCUCUGCUUACUGCCAGCAGUGAGUACGACAACAACGACAUCUUUCACAACCAAAGUUUAAACUGCCUGUAACUAGCAGCGGAGCGAGUUGGAGCGAGACAGGUACACAGACACAGGCAGAGCGAGCGAGCGAGCGCAGCUUCGGAGCUCAUAACUAACUGGCACAGCGGAGGGAUCAUGAACAAUAAAGUGGCUCCUCUUUGAUCGCCUGGAGUUUGGAUGCUCCCGUCCGACAUUGCUGGCACUGGCAGCUCUUGUGUUCUUGUGUAUUAUAUAUAUUCGUGUCGUGUCGCCUCGCCUCCGUUGCUCAUGUUGGAGCUGGCUGGCCUGCUCCCUUUCGAGUCGGACAGUAGUAAGAGUAGCAGCGGACAGCGUUGAGGUGUUUCGCGUCGCCGACUCGACUCUCCUCUUGCCCUGUUAAUGCCGGCGGUGUGUGUCUUUCACCGUAAGGACUCCGAAGUGUAAUCGCGGGCGCACGUAACACAGUGCCAGUAUUUUCGCUAAAGAAACCCCGAGUUGUGGCCGCCGAGGGCCGGGCCGAAGCGAACCUCUGCUCCCCCUCGCCAAUGCUGGACCUGGAGGUCGUUCCUGAGAGGUCCUUGGGGAACGAGCUAUGGGAAUUCGCACUUGGGAUGCCAUUGGCCCAAGCCAUCUCCAUUUUACAGAAACACUGCCGCAUCAUCAAGAAUGUACAGGUCCUCUAUAGUGAACAAACACCCCUCAGCCAUGACCUCAUUCUCAACUUGACUCAGGAUGGAAUUAAACUGCUGUUUGACGCUUGCAAUCAGAGACUGAAGGUAAUUGAAGUUUAUGAUAUGAGCAAGGUGAAACUCAAAUACUGUGGAGUACAUUUCAACUCUCAGGCUAUUGCACCCACCAUAGAGCAGAUCGACCAGUCUUUUGGAGCUACACAUCCAGGAGUUUACAAUGCAGCUGAGCAGCUAUUCCACCUGAAUUUCCGAGGGCUCUCCUUUUCCUUCCAACUGGAUUCCUGGAGUGAAGCUCCUAAGUAUGAGCCUAACUUUGCCCAUGGCUUGGCCUCCCUGCAGAUUCCCCAUGGAGCUACAGUGAAACGCAUGUACAUCUACACCGGAAACAGCCUUCAGGAUACCAAGGCUCCAGCAAUGCCUGUGGCAUGUUUCUUUGGCAACGUGUAUGCAGAAUCUGUUGAUGUGCUACGGGAUGGGGCAGGUCCUCUAGGCUUGAGACUCCGCUUACUCACAGCAGGAUGUGGCCUGGGGGUGAUGGCAGAUGCCAAGGUUCGCACACUUGAGAGCAGCAUUUACUUUGGAGACUCGUGUCAAGAUGUCCUCAGUGCUCUUGGCUCACCCCAUAAAGUCUUUUAUAAGUCAGAGGACAAGAUGAAGAUUCACUCCCCAUCCCCUCAUAAGCAGGUUCCCUCAAAAUGCAAUGACUACUUCUUCAACUACUUCACUUUAGGAGUGGAUAUACUCUUUGAUGCCACUACACACCUAGUGAAGAAGUUUGUUCUGCACACCAAUUAUCCGGGUCAUUACAAUUUCAACAUAUAUCAUCGGUGCGAUUUCAAAAUCCCACUUUUCAUUAAGACAGAAGGUGCUGAAGCCCAGUGUGAGGAUUGUACCCUGACCACUUACAGCAAGUGGGAUCAUAUUCAGGAGCUACUGGGACAUCCCAUGGAGAAGCCUGUUGUGCUUCACAGGUCGUCAUCCGCAAACAACACAAAUCCCUUCGGUUCUACUUUCUGCUUUGGACUGCAGAGAAUGAUUUUUGAGGUGAUGCAGAACAACCACAUUGCUUCCGUGACCCUGUAUGGAAGCCCCCGGCCCAACAGCCAAUCCCGAGGUGGGGCCCUUAGCCAGUGAGCCGCCCCAAACUGUGUUGACCGUCCUACCCUGCUUCUCCAUUCUGAACACCACCCAGUGCUAGAGCAGCACCCCAGACUACAGUAAAGUACAGUGUGCCUUGGCCUUUUGCCAUUGUUAUGCCAGGGACACAUACCGCAGGUCUCUGCAUUCCAGUUCCAGGCUCUCCAGCAGGGGCUGUUAAAAGCCUUAAGGCAACCUUUGAAUCCUACAACUCUCACCACCCCAGAAAGUCCGGCCUGCUGCUCCCUCAACCGUCCACUUUCUUGAGCUCCUAACCUGCCAGUUAGCAUCUCUGUUACCUGUACACUACUUCAAAAGCUCAUGGCUGAGGGGAUUCUCACACACACACACACACACACACACACACACACACACACACACACACACACACACACACACACACAAUAGUGUUGUAAUGUCAUAGGGCACACGUAAUUGCUCCUGUCACUUCACACAGCAGAAACUGAAACAGUCAUAGAAAGACAUGCAUUUGACAUAUUCUGACCACCCCAUGGUCACGUCUUCAAGACAUUCUCAUACAUGUUAUACCAUAAACUGUGCCCUUGAAGGAGAUGGUCUUUCCAUUAGGGAGAGGUUAGGUCUUAGGUGUGUAUGUUGUGUGCACAUUGCAAUGCAAGCAGACUCACCACACACUUACUUGCAAAUGCAGUGAUACAUGCUUGCACAACUUAAAAUGUUCUUAGGCGCAGAAGUUCAACUCAUUUUGGAGGAUGGUGAAUGAGUAUAAGCACAAAUUUGCCUGUUGUUUUGCCUGGUGUUGACAGAGGUUCGAGAUGUGUUUAGCUUGGCCUCAAUGCACACAUUUGCAUUGCUAUAUGUGCACACAGGUGCCAUCUCCUAUGGCUGUGUCUGCAGAGCACAUUCUCACCUGCCACCUUGCGUUAUGGGAGGCAUAGCAAUCACAAAUCAUAUUUUUCCUUUUUGUUCAGUUUUUAUUAUUAUUAUCAUUAUUAUUAAAUGAACAGGAAUGAAAAACAUUGGUUUUAACUUUUGCACUAAAAUGUACACUUUAUUUACUUGACAACUGUCAUUUCCACUAUGGAACUUUUGUUUCUAGGAAUGGCUUUUAACGGUUCUCGUAGAAUAAUUGCUCUGAAGCCCCUGAAAGGAAAAUAACAGGUCCACCCCAAUCCUCCUCCUGUCCCUCUGAACUACUUACCAGACUCAUUCUUCUUCUCUGCUAUAUGAAUAUGUUUUUGACCCUUUCAGCUUCUUUUCUUGAUGCCAAAAUAUUAGCCAAAGAAUAAUCCAUUGUCCAAUUUAUCAUAGAAAACUAAUUUUUUUUUAAAUCAAAUAAGUUAACAUUCCCAGAUGUCAUUUAAGUCCUUGCAAACCUUAAAACUCCCACAAAUAGUUAUUUCUAUAUUUU